AUGCCUCGCGCCGUGAAAGGAAUUCUCAUCGAGUGCGAUCCCUCCGUCAAGGCGAUCAUCCUCAAAUACGACGAGGAAAAGCACGAUUAUAUCGUCGAAGACCUAGACGAUGACCGACAUUUAGUUAUCAAGGAGAGCCAGCUACAGGCUUUGAAGGAUCGACUGGGCCAGGAGCUCGACCAAAAGGUCAUGCAGCCGGAGGAAUCGGAGUCGGAGUAG